CUCUCUCUAAAGAAGCUCGAGAACAGUGCCUCUUUCGUUUCUUCCAUAUCUAAAAGCUUGAAGCUAAGAAUCAUCUCAUAGUUCGGAUUCUCGUGUUUAAAACGACGACGUAUUUGGAAAUCUGGGUUUUGAGGGAGACGUAAGAGACUAAAAUGGCGGAAUCGUCUUCGCCGUCGCCUACUGAAGAGAUCGUCCGGUUGAUUAAGCGUUUAAGCGCUUACGUUGCUUUCAAAAUGUCAAGCCUCUUCUCAACUACAUCGAUUCGAAAUCUGGAUUCAAGAUCUAUUGGUGCGAUUGCGGGGCUGGCGAUUGCGGUGAUAUUCACGUGGAGGGCGAUUAGAACGCCAGGGGAACAACGGCAAAGAAGGCAGCCGAAGCGGAGGAUGCAAUCCCCUGAAUCGUCUAGUGCUGCUGCUGCUGCUCAGUCGAAUCUAGCUUCUGUACCUCCUGAGGUUUCUUCGCCUCAUGAGGAUAAUGCGGUGCAAGAUGUUGUUGAUCAGUUCUUUCAACCUGUUAAACCUACUUUGGGGCAAAUAGUUAGGCAGAAGCUUAGUGAAGGAAGGAAGGUAACAUGCCGUCUUCUUGGAGUAAUUCUUGAAGAAACAAGUCCAGAAGAACUCCAAAAACAAGUGACAGUGAGGUCAUCUGUUUUGGAAGUUCUCCUAGAGAUUACAAAGUUUAGUGAUUUAUACCUCAUGGAAAGAGUACUUGACGAUGAAAGCGAAGCCAGAGUUCUAGAAGCUUUAGAAAGUGCAGGCAUUUUCACAUCUGGUGGUUUGGUCAAAGAAAAGGUUCUCUUUUGUAGUACAGAGAUCGGAAGAACUUCAUUUGUCAGACAACUAGAACCUGACUGGCAUAUCGAUACAAAUCCAGAAAUCAACACACAACUAUCUAGGUUCAUCAAAUAUCAGCUUCAAGUCGCUGCCGUGAAACCGGAGCGAAUAGCUCCAAAUGUGUUCACCUCGCAGUCAAUAGAACAGUUCUUUGGAUGUGUUUGAUUGUCAACAAAAAGAGAGGUGUAAGAUACAUUGUCCUGAGUCCUGACUUCAGCAUCAAUGAUCGAGUGUGUCUAUUAGGCUGAAACUUGUUUUUCUUUUUUCUUUUUUUUUUUUUUAUUGUGUCUAAAUUAAAAGUUUGAUAUAUUUGGAGUUAGAUAUUACUGCGAGUGCCUCUGUGAAAGUAUCCAUCCAAGUUUGUAAUUUUUGUAUUAGCAACUUAGUCACAAAUCUUUAAGAAAAUAAACAAAAGUCUCGUUAUUUGACAAAGUAUAUUACUUCUA